UGUGGCAGAACAGGUUUGGCCUUGCUAUAAGGAUCAGAGACACCUGCUGCUGCUCCGUUAGUUCACAGCAGACAGACGCUCGUUCACACCGGGUGAAGGAACACACAGACAUGGCUGCAACUCAAUCCAUGGGGACUCUGCCCAGCGGCGGGGGCAUCUGCACCACAGUGCCGGACAUAUUUUACCUGCCUGAACUGGUGUUUGGUGGUCUGGUGUGGAUCCUGGUGGCAUCGAUACACGUGGAACCGCAGAACCCUCUGGGCUGGGUGAUGUUCGUUUCAGUCUUCUGCUUCGUCAUGACCUUCCUCUGGUUGAUCAUCUUCAUGGCUGGGUGUCACAGGAACAGCUCUCGCUGGGCUGCAGCUGACUUUGCUUACCACGGCCUGGCAGCGUUCUUCUACCUCAGUGCUGGAGUGAUCCUGGCUUACAUCACCAUAGUAAUUAAAAGCACUGGCUUAGUUAAAAUCUAUCGGACCUACAUUUCUGCAGUGGUGUUCGCCUUCUUGGCCACGCUCCUCUACUUCCUCCACGCCAUCUUCUCCGCCAUCCGAUGGAAACACUUCUGAAGAGCCGAGGAACAAACCAGCACAGUCCAAGAAGUGCUGCACCUCUUCUGUGUGUGUGUGAGUGAGUGUGUGAGUGUAACAUCCUCCUGCUUCAGUUCACAAUGAA